UGCCCGUUUCGUUCCGAAUACGAAAAAGCUCUGUAUACUUUACCCUGUUCGAUCGAGGGUUCGAGGAGACGAUGAAGCUCACAUGGAAGAACAAGGGCAAUAGUAAGAAGCGGUCUUUCACGGCAAUUUCAAGCCGUUCAAAUCUUCCUUUUGAGGUUCCUGGUGAGGGGGAAGAAGAUGGUAGGGUUAAUCGCCAAGAUAAUGAAAUAGACCGGAGAGAGGAUGGAGCUUCAGAAAGUUCGUCUUCAGACCUCAAGCGUCUCGCGGAAUCAUUUCGGGAUCAAGGCAAUACGCUUGCCGAGAAUGGGAAAUUACGGGAAGCACUGGGAAAAUGGGAGACUGCUCUUACCUUGAUGCCUGAAAAUGCAGUUCUACAUGAACAAAAGUCACAAGUUCUACUGGAGAUUGGGGAAGCUUGGGGUGCUUUGAAGGCAGCAACCAGAGCUACUGACUUAGAUCCGUCAUGGGCUGAGGCGUGGAUCACUCUUGGUAGAGCACAGUUAAACUUUGGGGAACCUGAUAGUGCUAUAGAGAGCUUUGACAGAGCAUUGGCCAUUAAGCCUGAUUCUGGGGAUGCCCAAGACGAUCGCAAAACUGCAACGCAUCUAAUAAAGCGGCGAAAACAGCUCCAUUCAGCUGGGUUGAGCAGUUCUGAAAAUCGUUAUUUUGUGGGAGAUAAGUUGAACAACGUUGACGCUUUAUGAAAGUGUAAUCUGAAAAGGAAUAUGAUGAAGUUUGUAAUUUAGGUUCUUAAUGCAUAGCUAGAGUUUCCCCCAUGGCCAAAAGCAGCGUGUACCUCCUAAAUUCAUGAAAUCACAGAUAGUUUACAAGUAGUUACAAAAUACUAUGUGAAUGUAUAGUUUUCUUUCAAAAUGUCCGUUUUAAUAA